AUGACCGUCAUUACCAUGCCAUCGUCGGAGAAGAAGUCUGACAACGUACCGCUGGUGACCAACAUCGAAGUCGAUCCAUCCUCGCGGGAAAAGGAUUUGGAAGCUGGAAACAUUGAAAAUGAUCUACCAGUCAAAUCUAAAUUUUUGGUGUUCAGAGUCAUUAAUGACCGUGUAUAUUCUAUGUGGGCAUUAGUUUAUAUUCUUCUUAUGUCGAUGUUCAUAAUUUGUAUGAUGCUCUAUGGAGAACAUAUUUAUAGAGCUAUUGGAAACGCCUUUAAUGAUGAAAAUGAUGCUUUCUAUGGAACAGGAACUAUUGCUUUAAACGAUAACAUGGCUCUUCCUAUGCAAGACUUAAACAAUGACUAUGAAAUGAACACACUAAAUGAAAUGGAAUUAAAAAAUCUUGAAGAUUUUGCUUUGAAUAUGGAUAAAAUUUUUAAUCAUGAUGAUAUUAUUUCUGAAUUCAAAGAAGAUUUUGAAAUUGAUCUUAAAGAAGAUAGUUAUGAAAAAAUUGUUCCCAAUUUACCACUUACAAACUCGGCACGUUUUAUUCACGAUUUUAGCGCAAAUGUCACUGGUAUUGUCGAUGUAGAUGGAAGACGCUGUUUUGUGAUGCCAUUAAAUCGUAGCUCAGUAUUGCCACCAAAAUCUCUGUAUGAUUUAUUCUUCAAAAUGUCAAUGGGAUAUUAUGCUGUUGACACUAAAAAUGUCAUGCAUAACAUGCGUAUAGUUGAACCGGCUGUCAAGGAUCUCACACAAUAUGGCAUAUAUAUUGCUAAGGAUUGUGCAGGAUUUCCAACUUUCCAGUUGGAAAAAAUCGUAACUGGAGUGUUCAAACGGAGCGCCCCGACCACAAAAACGUUCUCAGCAUUUUCCGGACAAAUGGAAUUAUUCCACAUAGUCAACUACCACGACGUUGAUUUGCAAUAAUCCGAUCUCCUCCCAUGUUUUUAAUAGGUAUGCACGUGCAUCAUAACCUGUACAUACCUAUAAAAAAAUAUUGUUCUUAAAAUUAUUUCAAAGUUUUAUUAUAUUCACUCAUUACAACGUAUGGUUAGUUAUUAUUAUUUCAUUUGUCUAUGUGAAAAAAAAAUAUUAUCAUUAUUAUCUUAUACAAUACCUUAUCUUAUUCUUAUCUUUGUAUAAUAUUAUACUUAACUGCUGUACUUGCAUUAUGGUGUUUAUAAAUAUACGUAUAGGUAUUUGGUGUACCAUGUGAUGUUAUGUACAUAAUACUAUUAUGUUCGACAAUAUAUGUGUACCUACAAUACACAUAUGUAUAAGUAUAAAGUGCCAAUGUGGUUUUAAAAAUUUCAAUCGUGUUACCUAUACUACCGUUAAGAGAAAUAUACUUCUCGCGAGUCUGCGUA